GGCGGCAGCACCGGCGCGGCCCCGCCAGCCCUGCGCAUCCCGCAGCCCCGCCGGGGAUGCCGCCGCCCGCCGGGCCCUGAGCGCCGGGACGCCGGCGGACGCCGGCCCCGCUCCGCCGCGCCUCGCCCGGCCCGACCCCACCGGAGCUGCCGCCGCCGAUACCGGCCCAGCCCGCCCGGAAAAUGGAGGUUGUGGAGGCCAGCACCCUUCAGCAGGAGAGGCUGCAGGCCAUCGCGGAGAAGCGGAAACGUCAGACGGAGAUCGAGAACAAGCGGCGGCAGCUCGAGGAUGACAGGAGGCAGCUGCAGCACCUCAAGUCCAAGGCUCUGCGGGAGAGAUGGCUGCUGGAGGGAGCCCCAGCCUCAGCCUCUGAGGAGGAUGAAGCCAUGAAGAAGCAGAUGCAGGAGGAUGAGGUGAAGACCAAGGAGCUGGAGGAGACCAUCCAGAGGCUGGAGAAGGAGCUGGAGACGCUGGAGAAUGGCAGCUCAGCAGCCUCCACCAAGGAGAACCUGGCAGAGGUGGCAGCACCAGCCAAGGAGGAGAAGGCAGAGCUGGUCCCCAACACACAAAAGAGUCCCCUGGGCACAGUCAAGGCCGAGAAGAAGGUUUCCAGCAGCCCCAUGAAGGCAGUGGAAGGCACUGACAUGAUGAAGGCAGCCAUGUACUCCGUGGAGAUCACGGUGGAGAAGGACAGAGUGACUGGGGAGACCAAGGUCCUGUCCAGCACCACCAUGCUCCCCCAGAACCACUGUCUGCAGGGGGUCAAAGUGUACGAGGAUGAGCUGAAAGUGGUGCACGCAGUCAGCGCCGAGGAUGGGGCACUGCAGAACGGAGCUCACCCCCUCAGCUCCUCCGAGGUCGACGAGCUCCUGCACAAGGCAGAUGAGGCCACCCUGAGCGAAGCCGCCGGGCGUGAGGCCUCAGCCAAGGCUGGUGGGGAGGCUGGCAGUGCCCCGGGCAGCCAGAAGCCGACGCCACGACGAGAGAUCACAGGGCUGCAGGCCAAGCCGCGGGAAAGCAGCACGGCGCUGCCGACGGGCGAGGGGAUAGAAGCGAGCCGAGAGCAGCCUGUCACCAUGAUCUUCAUGGGCUACCAGAACGUGGAGGAUGAGAACGAGACCAAGAAGGUGCUGGGGCUGGAGGGCACCAUCAAGGCUGAGCUGGUGGUGAUCGAGGACGCCGAGAGCAAGCAGGAGGCGGCGGUCAAGGACCACGCACCGCCCAACGGCACCGCGCUGGAGCCAGCAGCUGCCCAGCCGAUGGGGGAGGAGGGCCCAGGCGGGCAGAAGCCGGGUGCCAACGCCACAGAUGCCAAGGAGGCCGAGCAGGAGACGGACGUGAAGAAGCAGCGCUGCAAGUGCUGCACGGUGAUGUGAGCCCCGCCGGCCCCCCACCGCCACCGGAGCAGGAUGCCCCCGCCGAGCCCCCUCCGCCCCGGCCCCCGCUAGCCAGGCUGCCCCGGCACGCCGGGCCCCCUCUCCCGCCAGACACGGACCCUCUUUCUGCAGAACCGGGGAGCUCCAACACGGCGCAGCAGGCAGCAUCAAACCACGGCACUGCUCACCCCGUCUGCCCGCGCUGCACCCCCACCAGCGCUGCCCGGGAUAUUUAUUAGAGAUCCCCCCUCGCCCCACGGCGUGCCCACCCCUCACCCUGCGCUGGAGCCCUCCUGCCACCAACGCUGGAGUCUUUCUCUCCUCUCACCGGCAGCUUCCCACCCACUGUCAGAGGACGGAGCCGGCUGGGCUGGGGGAUCGGAGGACACCGUUGCAUCCGUAGAUGACUCCCGGGAAGCCGGUGGCCAGUGAGACCUCUGCAUGGUCCAGCCCAUGGUGGGCACAGAGCCAGCCCCAUGCCAGUCCCUGUCUCCAGACCUCCAGCAUUCGCUUCUCUUGCUGGGAAAGGCCCUGGGCUCUUUCACCCCGGCUGCCCACGGACGUCCCUGCUCCAUCCCGCACCCUUGUCCCUCCAAUCCUGGACUCCCCAAGCCACGAGUCCCCCUGCGAUGGAGCAUGCCCAGGCGAGGGAGGGGCACUGAGGGCAGUGUCUCCUCCACAGCGCUCAGCUGGGUCAGGAACUCACGGAGGGUACAGCUCCCAUGGGGUCAGCUCUAGUUUGUCCCCAGGGCUGUGGCUGAUCCUGCUCUGCUGCCCUGGACGCAGCUCCCCGUGCAGGAGCUCCUUGCCCUGGCACUCGCGGUGACACCAAUGCCGCAGGCUCCCGCGGGGCCAUUCCUCCAUCUCGGCUGCCAGGCAGGCGCUGCGGGGCUGUACCAGCCGAGGGGGCUGAGCAGAGCUGCGACCAGUGCCCAAGUCCUCCUAGGGUGACGCAGGUGGUGAUGGCAGCGAGGGAAGGGGAGCUGGAGGAGCCCAGCCUGACAGGGACUGGGUUGGGGUGGGAGCUCCAGUACCUCCUCACGGCAGCGGGAGGGUGACCCAGCACCGUGUUCCCUCCUGAUUCUCCUGCCCGGCUGCAGCAGCUUUGCAGAGCAGCUUGCUGGGGCCCUGGGCUGCAGCUCCAGACUCCCCAGUUCACCCCAGGCACCAGGACUGGGAGCUGCUGGGGAUCCCGUGCCCCAUAGAGAGCAUCCUCAGGAUGCCCUGUCCGUGCCAGGACUGUGAGCAGCCCUCCUUGCCCCACCUCAUGCCCCAGCCCUUCAGGGGGGAUUUCACCACCAGCACCAGCGUUUCUUCCCCACUGAGACCUGCUGGGGCAGGCAGGGAGGGCAGGGGGGCACCCAUGAGUGCUGAGCCCUGCCCAAACCCUGGGUGCUUCUGCCACAGGAGCUGCCACAUCUCAUGGGCAUUGGGUAUACAGCUCCUGGGUCCUGCCAUGGGCAUGGUCCUGCCAUGGACUGCUCCAGGGGUGGUCCCAUCUCCUACCAGCCCUGCCCCAAACAUGCUGGGACUCAGAGCCCUGUGUGCCAGGGUUGCCUCUGCUGCCCAGUGCCCCACAUCAGAUGCCCCUGAGGAGGCUGUGGCUGGGUUGGCAGUGCCCAAUGCCUGCACCCUGGGGGCAUGGGAACUUUGGGUAGGGCAUAGCCAGGCAGGAGCAUGGCCCAGCUGCCAGCAUAGGGGUCCCUGCUGCCAAGUGUGGCUGGGUGAGUCCCCAGGGAUCCCCCAAGCCCCCCAGCAAAGCCCUCUGGGAUAUGGGUGGCAGAGCAGCCAGGGAUGGGGCUCAGCUCCCAAGGUUUUCCUGCCCCCACCUCUCUUGUGUGAGCAGUGACCCCCACAUGUCAUCCCAGUUGCCCCCCACUUACCACCCAGGUUGCAGUUUUACCCCAAGUGGCAUCGCUGCAGGCAUUGGAGAGGGGCUGGUGCCAAGGCCAAGGACUGUUGGAGGGUCACAGUGCUGCUGUGCCAGUCCUGCCGUGCCAGUCCUGCCAUGCCAGUCCUGUUGUGCCAGUCCUGCCGUGGGGACUCCGGCCUGGAGCCCCAGCUGGGCACUGAAAGCCUCUGGAAGAGGCAAAGCUGGGGAAGGAGGGGGUCAGAGCUGGCACCCCGGGGAAGGGGGAGCCUCUCCUAAGGGCGUUGCUGGAGUCCCAUUGCUGGGGCCUGGAUGCUGCGCAGCUCCUGCCCCAUAGAUCCUGGGGGGCUGGCCUAGGGCGUGGUGUCUGGCUGGGCUGCACGUCACCUCCCUCCCCCACCCCACUGGGGACCAGCACCACCUGCCCCACGCUGCCCUGCACCCCGCAAUCCUCCCCGACCCCAAGCUGGGACCCCCUCCCUCCCGCCCUCAGCACCCCCUGCCCUUUGGGUGGCAUCGGACCCAGCGCCAGCCCCCAGCCUCAUCCGGCCCCCCGUGGCGGCAGGGAGCAGGAUCAGGCCCCACGGGGCCGGGGCUGGCAGGGGCUGAGCACCCUCCCCAGCACACCCCAGCCCCCUCCCCGCUGCCCCUCGCCGUGCCCUGCUGAAGUGCACUUCCCGCGCUCCUGAGCUUUCCACUUGUGCCGAAGCCCUGUUUGAAGUUUUGCCCUCCCCCAGCCCUCCCCUGAUGUUUGUAAAACCCAGCAAAUAAAACUGUG